UUGUUUGUCUGACAUUGUUUUUAUCGCCAUGUUGCCGGCAAUGACCUCACUGGGCACUAGCACACCGUCCUGGAGACCGGUGCGGUUUCCUCACCGGCACCACGAAGACCACGAAAUGGCCGGGUGCAGGACCUUGCGAGGCAUGCGCAUCACAAUGGCCCUGGUUUCAGGGUCCGUGGUGAUGCGGGCAAGAAGAAGUGGAAUGGGUGCCAUGAGUGAGUUGUUGUUGCAACUGCGCUCAGCUUCGGCGCCAGAGAGGGAGGAGAUGCUCCAUCAGGAAGAUGCGAAAGGCCUCAAAGCCAUUUGCGCCGGCUUGGGCCGACCAACUGGCGGCACAGCCGAGCAAGCACUGCUUCGCAUCCAGGAAGUGCUGCACAUGGAGGAUGGUCUCUACGAGGAGGGCCUCACAGCCCGAAUCAUCCAGGCGGUUGGAAAAGUCUCUGAAACCGACGGUGACGUCAUAAGCUUCCUUCAAAGCCGCUACAAAGCUGAUGAAUUGAAGGAGAUGUGCCGGAAGCUGGGCUUGCCCCAAAGCGGUCGCAAAGCUCUGCUGGCAGAGCGGAUCGCCAACAAAGCCGUGGAGCUUUGGCAGGUGAUGAAACUCAGAGGUGAAGGAACUUCCACCAAGCAGCGAGUGGAGACAGUGGAGACAGUGGAGACCGUGGAGACCGUAGAGACUGUAGCCGAAGGUGUCCAAGGUGUCGCGGAGCCUGUCUCUGUGACCUCAACUUCGCGAAGGUCUCGAAGGUCUCGAAGGUCUCGACCACCUGAAGUGGAGGAGGUGAUGCAAUCUGUCAAAGAGAUGCCGGACGAAGGUGACAUCUCCAGAAUCAGUGACCCACCUGUGGCCGCGCAGGAGCCGUUGGAGGCAGAAGUUCUGCACAAUGAAGAGGUGGAUGCAGACUCCUUUGAGGAGGAUGAAGACGACGAAGAUGAGGAAGAUGAAAUGGCAAGGAAGCAAAGAAGAUUCAAGGAAAGACGUUCCAAAUUGAUGGGUUAUGUGGUGGAGGAAAACGCGAGUGUGUAUGGGGAGGAUCAGCAGAGGUACCUGAAGGAUCUGAAUGCUGCAAUCGAGGAAAUGUCUGACGGAGUGCGGCUCUCUUACUUGAAUGACAAGCUGGAGGCGCCCAACCUCGACAGCCGCCUUCCCAAGGUCUUGGGACCGGCAAGGGACACCGCAGAAUAUGCUGCCUGGCACGUGGAACCCUACAGCGAAGAGAUGCACAUGGUUGGAGAGCUGGGACCUGCGCGAGUUGCUUACUGCAAAUGGUGGAAUCGCGCACGUGGGUGUGGCGAGGUGGUCGACACGGUCGACAAAGGUGUUGCUGUGGUUUUAGCCGCUGCCCUGACCACUGGCGCCAACGUUGCGCCCACCGCCAAGUAUUUGAUCCAGGGUGAGAUGGUGGAAUAUCGAAGGGUAAAAGAUGCCGAUCUUGACAGAGGGAUCCUUGUCCGCGGUGUUCGAGGGUGGCCAUUGACCUGUGAGAUGGAUGGAGCGAAAGCCUUGCCUGGAUAGCCUUCCAAAUUGCUGGAUGAUUUGCUUAUGAUUUGCUUAACCUACCACGAUAGUCUCGAUAGUCAAAGGAAAUGAUGCAACGAACUAUCCCUCUUAACUAAAACGUAGUCGCUUCGAAAGCUAUCCAUGGGGACUGCUUUGUCAUCGCUGCUGCGA